AUGCCAGAGGCUUAUUGUGGACGUCUGCGGGCAACUGAAACCGAACUCAUCUACAGAGCUUCUGAGGCAGCUGCAGAAGUGCGCGAUGGCAGGGCAUGUAUCACAGUCAGAGAUAUAGUGAUGGGUUUGCAGAACAAGGGGACAGUGUGGCGGGCGCUGAAUAAAGAAAAUCUGGAAAAGGCUUUCAAGUCUGCAGAUACAGAGCUAUCAGACGCCUUUCUACUGUUUAAUGUGGGAGCACACGUUACAAACAACCGCUAUCAACAUGAACUUGCAGCUGCCCUAGAGAGCGACCGCCAACACCUUCUUACUUGUCUCGACGGUUUAUUAAAAAGGAGUCAACUUUUGGCUGAAGCAUUCGAGAAGAAGGAUAAUCGCAAAGCUCUUCUCAAUGGGCCUUCGGCUAAUGUAACCUGCGAAUAUGCAGUUGGUGAUGUUGUGCUCGAGCCUGAAGCUGAUGCAACUUUGGGCACUGGUACAAUUGGGAAGGUUGUACGUGGUUAUUUGGGCAGACGGGUGGUCGCCGUUAAGCUGCUUCAUCCAGAAUUUUCCCAGCAUUUAACUCAGCAUUGCGAUCAGAAGCUUCUAAAAUCGAAGUUCUUGUUAUGGACGCGUCUCUUGCACCCGAAUGUUGCGACCUUUCUGGGCUUCUUCAUCAACGACAACCAGUCUAACCUACUGGUUGGAAAAGACCAUAAAAUUCUUGUGUCUGACUACGAUCUUGCGUGGCUCAUCGACGACGCUAAAACCACAGACCCGGCUUCACAGCCAACGUUUGGUUCGCUGGUUUACAUGGCACCGGAGUACUUCGAUGGAGGAGACCUGGAGUAUCACGUCGACGUAUAUAGCUUUGCUAUUGCGACGUGGGUACUACACACAGGCUGCACGCCGUUUACACAAGUACCUUGGAGAAAAUACCGGCAGAGAGUUGUAGAAAAGAGGGAAAGGCCUCAGAAACCUGAUUCUAUUCACGACGUACUAUGGUCAGCGAUGGACAAGUGGUGGUCACACGAUCCAGACGAUAGGCCUACCUUCAUCGAGAUCGAAGGCUUUCUCCACGGAGCAAAACCGCGUGUUGGUUUGCGUCGCGAAAGGAGUCGCAUUAAGCCUCCGGAAAUCAUCAUCAUGCAACCUUCAACUUCACAGUCGAUGACACCUGUCUCUCCUGCUGUAACAAUGGAUUUUGGCCCAACGAUACCAAUAUCCGAAUCUGGGAAGAAGGCACUCGCCGACACAAUAUAUGCGUUGGACAAUUUUGCGCCUGUUGACAAACUCAUCAAACAAGUUCUCCUUUGCUACCCAAACUGGUUUCAAUAUCAGAAUAAAAGACCUGCGGCGCGAGGACCACGACCGGACCAUAUAUAUGAGGUUGUUCCCCUCGACUGCAACAUUUAA